UAACAUGAAUAAUAAUAAUUUAAAUUCAAAUGAGUUAACACUCAAUUCACAACAGCAGCCAAUUAGUAGUACACUAUCGCCAACAUCGCCCACAUUUGUCAUGUCUAUGUCGGACACAUUGUCGGGUAACGGCAAUACCAAUAAUUUGAGUCAAGCACAGGCAUUAUCGGACAGUGUGCUCAAUAAUCCCCAACAAUUUAUUGGCCGAAACGGUUCGGCCCGACAGCGAGGUUUAGUACACUCUGUAAGCAUUAUUGUGGAGCCGGCGAUGACCGAUAGCAACGAUGACGACGAUGGGUUCGGACCCGAGAGGCCAUCAAUGCCUUCCGUGUCCACUGAAAGACGUAAUACAAUUGCCGGACCUAUUGUUGUGCUCGAAGACUAUGCGUUCGAAACGCCACGAAAGGCACGAGAAGAGGACGACAUCGUGCAGUCAAUUAUAGCUCACGCCCGGCUCCGUAAGGAAGAGUUCGCGCGACUACUUGAAGAACACGCGCAGAUCGUCAACGAAAUUAAUAGAGCGGAGACCAGUCUAUUGUGAUCAUCACCAUCACUGACCAAUAACUAACCACACCAUAUACUAUAUUUAUAUAUAUA